AUGUUCUCUGAUAUAUCCAAAGGGAAGAAAUGUACCUUUUCAAAAAUGGGCAGUGUCGAUGAGGUUAUGAAAAAUGAUGAUAAUACCUUUUCACACAUGAGUACUGAAAUACAAAAUGGGGAAAAAGGAGGAAAUUUCCAGUACAAGCAGAAACAAAGGGAAUAUGGUGAGUUACACGAGAUUCUUACAAAUGUUGACAUGAACAACACAGGGGUGGGGAGAGGUGGAGAAGACACAUCUAUGUUGAAUACCUAUAUGGUAGAGGGUAAAGCUGAGCAUAGCAAGGUUAAGAACGGGUCAGAUAGUCUUAAAAAUGUUCCCCUUUUGGAUGAGAAAAAUGGAAAAAUGAUGACAAGUCAAGGGAUGCAUGAAAUGUGGAAUAUAGGGAAGAAUAACAGAGAGAAAGAAAUGAGACUUAGAGACAGUAAUAACCACGUAACAGUAAAUGCAAGUGUACAUAAUUGUGUGCAUAGCAAGAUAAGUGUGGAAGAAGGGGGAUAUAAGACAUUGGAGGAAUCAAGAAAAAUUUCAAAUCCUGUAAAAACGAUAGAAAAUGUGAAAGAAAUAUUGAGGAAUAGCCAUAAAUACAUGAUGAAUAAUUCCUCUAAUUUGAAAACAUAUCAGCUGAAUGGUAUUAUAGAAAACUUUUACAACGAGACGGGUACUCUCUUUGGAAAUGGAGCAGAUUUAAAGGUAGUGGAAAACGGUUCAGGUCCGGGAUGCAAAUAUAUGAGGGAAGACAAACUUGGUGCAUUGAGCAUGGGCCAAGUGAAUAGCGACCCUGUGAAAGUGAACCGAGUGAAUGGCGACCCUGUGAAAGUGAACCGAGUGAAUGGCGACCCUGUGAAUGUGAACCGAGUGAAUGGCGACCCUGUGAAAGUGACCCAAGUGAAUGGCGACCCUGUGAAAGUGACCCAAGUGAAUGGCGACCAUGUGGAUAUUGAUAGAAUGAAUGUUGACACAAAUGAAGCGAAUGGCAUAGACAUAUCAACCCUAUUUGGAAACAUGAAUUCAUCACUUCCACUGAUCCUUAAUGGAAUAUCAGAGACAUUAGAACACAUUAUGGCUGUUGAUAAAACAAAAAAUAAAAAUAAGAACAAACUAAUACAAGUUGUGCAAAAUGUACAUAUGCUCAUGAGAUCGUAUUACAACAUAGUACUAAAGUGCGAUUCUAAAUUGUCAUUCAUUGUUCAGAAAAUCAGAAAGCUGUAUAAAGCAUAUAAAAAGUUGAAUAAAAUUUCUCGGAUAUCUAAUAAAAUGAACAUCCGUGUUGAUCAUUCUCUUCACCACCUUUCUCCCCAUGCUCAUAAUGGUUCACUUGAGUCACCAGUUGUUAGUAGUACUACUACUGCUACUGAUACCAAGAUUGGUCUCUGUAGUGAUAUUCCAAAAAGAAAAAACAAUACAGAGGACGCUAUACAUAAAGGAGAGGAAAAUACCCAUCUACCAUGCAAUAACAUUGGCUCCUUAGCUAAUGGUGAAGGCACAGGACAAAAGGCGUUUAAUAUAGAGACGGCUCUUUCUAAUCAUGAAAACGAGAUUAUUCGAUAUGGGGUAAACAAACGAGAACACUGCAACUACACUAGCACGGACAAUUUCCAAAGUGAAAAAUUGCAAAGGUUUGUCGGUGCAACUCAUAGUGAAGUACCCAGUGAGGUACUUGGAGAAGCGUAUAAUGUUAUGGAAUUAGAACCACAGAGUAAACACUCAGUUGAGAAUAGCAAUCAUGAUGGCAUGGAUGGAGGACGAGAUGAAAAUGGGCCACAUCUGGGUGAGCCACAUCUGGGUGAGCCACAUCUGGGUGAGCCACAUCUGGAUGAGUCACAUCUAGAAGAGUCAGUGAAAUGUGAUGUGAUUCUAACUCCUUAUCAGGACGGAACCAUCAUAAAUGAUGAUUCGAAAAGGCAGAUGCCGAGUAGUAGCAACUUCCGGGAGAAAGAAGACCAACACCCCCCAGUUGCAUACAAAUUAAGCCAUUCUUUUGUUAAAAGUGAGGAUACUUGCAGCUAUAAAAAUCUCACAAGUAUCGAUUCCAAAUCGACAGCUUUGUCAAAUCACAAAGAGGACACGGGGUCCUUCUCCAUCACAACAGAAAAGAAAAAGCACGUGGACGCAAAAAAGAAAAAAAAAAAAGCACAAACUGAUCAAGCAGCAGAAGAGGCAGAAGCAGAAGAAGCAGGUGAAGCAGCACAUAAUGAACAAAAAAAGAAAAAAACAAAGGAACGGAAGAAAACAAAAAAAAAAAAUGAACAGAACAAAACAAAAAUACUGAACGAAUUAAACAAAUUAAAUUCGCUCUUUUUUUUUACGUUCAAUCAUAAGGGGGAUAUAAUAAAUUAUCUACAUAAAGAAAUCAAUUCGUGUAUUUCAGAAUUCGACGCAGCAUACCAAUUGUAUAUAUCUAAAUAA